AUGGCCGAGACAGCGGCGGAGGUCGUCAACCGCGUCGACGAGGAGAUGCGCGCCGAGAUGAUCGAGUGCCAGGCCUGCCCUCCGCCGCCUCCAAUCCACACCGCCCCCCGCGUCUCCGCGCAGCUCCGGCGCUGGACCACCGAGCAGAAGCACAUCGUCGACUCCCUCACGCUCGACGCGCAACGCACGCUCGAGGGCGAUAAGGAGAACCUCGCCAGCAAGAAGGAGGAGCUCAGCGCGGCGCUGGCGGCCGGCGACGCGCUGCGGCAGAGCUCGGAGGAGGAGCGGAGCAGGGCGGAGCAGCUGCGGCAGGAGCUGGAGGUGCUCAGCUCGCAGGAGGCGCUGCUGCCCGCGGAGCACGCGAAGCUGAGCAAGAGCCUCGAGGGGCAGCGAAGAGCGAGAGACCCGCCGAGAGCAGGCAAGGAGUCCAAGCUCGCCGAGCUGCAAAAGGGGUGCGCCAUGUACAAGCAGCUGCUCGCACUCGACUUCGAGCGCGUCGGAGGCGAGACGCAGCAGAGAGGCGGCAGAGGGGCGGCAGAGAGGCCGCAGAGAGGCGGCAGAGGGGCGGCACUGGUCGAGAGCCUCAACCAGACCAACGACUUCUCGGUCUUUGUGCGCACGCUGCGCGCCGAGUUCAAGCGGCUCUGCGCCUGA